CAUGUGGCCACAUAGAAAACCCUAAGUUGUUGCAUGUGGCUACAAAGAAGGCAUGGAGAGGUGGUUUAGCGUGGAUAUGUUAAAGAGCGGGCUCCCUCCGUUUGCUUUUCAGGUUUGCAAAUAUAAACGUGGAGAGAGCGAGCGGGAGGCGUGGGAGCGUCGUUGUAGAUUUAGAUUCUAGGGUUUCGUCGAAACCCAGAAAACACCGUGAGCUUCUUGCUAAAUUCCGUGGUGGGUGCGAUGCAUCUACCGACUCUGUCGCGAUCCAUCGACUGAUCGUUGCUUUUACAGCUGUUAUUGUGGUGGGUUUUAUUUGUUGAAAGCACUGCGAGUGAGCGGAAGAGGCGGGCGGAAAGUAAAGCAUAGCAACGGAGAUGGGGAAAGAGUUGUAUUUCAUCGGAGCAGAGUAGGAGAUUGGGGAGCAGAAUUCUUUAGGAUUACUGCGGUGGAAUGUGUUUUUGAGAUGGCUGCUUCAAACUCGCUUUCGAAUGGGCGCGCCGUGCACCGUCGCAAUGGAUUUGGCGCUGGUGGUGCGAGCCAGAACCACAAGGCCAUGUCAUUGUUUCAGUGUCAACCGGAGUAUCAUCAGGACUGUGCGCGAUUGUAUAGCAACGAUAACUGCGGGGAUGUCAAGCAGUUUCGGGGGAACUUUAUGAACUCUAAAGAUGCCAGUCGUCGGAAGAGGGGAAAUCGGUCCCCCAAAUUGAAGCAGUGUAAGCUGGACGCCCGCAGGGAACAGUGGUUGUCACAGUGUUCACAAGAGAGGCAAGGGAAGGCCGGAAAGCAGCAACAAAAUGAUCUAUCACAUUAUCGAAAUUGCGUGCACCAUCCCAAGGCAGAGGAUGGAGAGUGCAUGGCGCAAGAAAGGGCGUGUCCAUCAGGACAUUCCCGAAGCCAAAGCUUAGGUUCGAUUGGAUCUGUGAGUGAACGAACACUUACUGGUUCACUUGUCACGCACUCGCGGACUUCAAUCAUUGGUUUGAUAAACGAAGUCAAGGAUCUUAAAGAGGUUCCGGCAAGGAGGAAUGGUGUUUCGUGCAGGUCAUCACAGCAUUUUGGAGACGAAGAACUGGAUGAAGGAAUUGGACAUAAGCAGAGCCUAAAGUAUCGGCGUUCAAGUAGUGAUGCAAGCAAGUUAAGAUCGAAUAGCUCGUGUGCAAGUAACAGCUGCACAGGAAGUGACUCCGAAGACAAUGACGAGUCACAUGAUGUGAACGAUGCCUGGGAGUCUGCUUUUGACGCGUUGCAUAUACAGAGUUCCCUAUAUCGAUCUGAAGGAUCCCACAAAUGUCCUGGUUCUGAUCGAACUCUGCGUAGUGAAGGAAAAGAGCAGCAUGACAGAAAGCAAAAUGGUGCUUAUCAUUACCACACGCAGCAUGGCCAAUCAAAACAUGAGUACAAGUACAAAAAUUCCAGUCUGGGAAGUAGGAGAGGGAAUGGAGGAAGGGCUUGGCGUUCUGAUGAUGUUUCUCGACCCCCAACUUUGCCGACGCUUGCCGAGCGGCAUAAGCACCCAACACACGCUAACAACCACCACCAAGGAUGGGGUAAUGGGAACAAGUGGGGGAAUCGACCAGCGUCGCCAUCUUAUUGCCCUAUAUGUACAGAGGAACUUGAUAUGACUGACUCAUCAUACAUGCCCUGCCCUUGUGGCUUUCAAUUGUGCCUGUUCUGCUACCACAGAAUCGCAUCUGAUGAUGGGCGUUGCCCGGGCUGUAGAAAGGCCUAUAACACUGAUGUGGCUGUUCAGGUGUCACGGUCUUCUGCUGUUUGGCUACAUGUUUGAUUAAUGCAGUAGGGUACAUUCUUCUCUCAUAGAAUGACAGAAGGAUUAAAUAAUGUUUUAGGUCCCUAUCAUAUAAUGAUACUAGUGUGCUCAUAUCGGUGUAGCAAAGGUUUCUGUGGUAAGAAGCAUUGCAUAUGCGAAUAUGGUAUAUACUUGUCCGGCUAGUUGCCUUGAACAAAUAAUUUUUGUUUGUC